GAUUCUCAGUUUACCGAUCAAGCAACCUGACAAAUUUCAGUCACUCAACGAGUAUCGGAUAUCUUGUUGAUAUCAUACCACACAAAAAACUAUAUCGAGUCAUCAAAGCUUUAUCAAGUAGCGCGUCUACCUGACAGUCAUUCAGGCAACGCGAAAAGCUACGUGGCUACCACAGCGAGGACGCCGAGUGACGGGCAUGGGAGGUAUGAGCCCUCUGCCACUCUGAGCCUCGGCCUCGAAAGUUGUAAAGAUUACAACUUGGCCGCCUGCUUUCAAGCUUGCUACGUUUUACAGCCCUCAAAACCCUCAACAUGUUCAAGAAUGUGGGCCGGAGAGUGUCAAAAGACUCGACUCACUCGAUCCCUGCCGACGAAGACGAGGACGAUAACAUCUCUCUAGCUUCAACAGCGUCCGCGCAACACGAUCCAGAUGAGGAAUUCGAGGUCGAGGAUGUCCUCCUCGAGGAACGGGACGAGGAUGGCAACAAAGUCUAUCUAGUCAAGUGGGAACGCUAUCCGCUAUAUCAAUGCACUUGGGAGCCCAAGGACAACCUGGGUGACGAACUCAUGGAGAUGUGGAGGGAGAAGAAACUGAGGCAAGAGGCCGGAGAGGAAGAGCCAUUUGAUGUGCGAGUGUUCCAUGCAGCCGUUAAUAGGGCUAAGAAGGAAAAGGCCGACCGUCAUCGCCGUCGCAACGCGAAGCGGAGGAAACUGGGUCACCCGUUGACCGAGCCCUUCGAUGGCUCAAGCUCGGAAUCAGACCCAGACAAUUUCAAGGUCGAGUCCUCUGAUGAAUCCAGUGACGAAGCUUUGGAGCAAGAGGAGCCCGUCUCCAAGGACGAUCGGGAACCACGCUCGGCUAAAGAGAGUGGUACACGCCCGCAAUCAGAGUCAAAGUCCAAGCAAAGGAUAUUCAAAGGCAUCGCUCAGCCUGUACCAAAAUCGGCCAAGACUACCGCCACUACACGAGAAUCCACGUCUCUCGAGCCCAAACCUAAAGCCUCGUCAAGACCCAGUUCCGAAGCCCCGGACAGGCCUUCUCCGCCGCAACCGUCAUCUUCCAAGCCUCGACCUGAGCGGAAUAUCGUGUCAACAACUGGCUACCAAGGAACUGCGAGGAAGCCUGUGGAUAAACCACGACCUAGUACUCCAAACGGGUUGACUUGGCCACUGCCCCAAUCAACCCGUACCGCUCCUCCAAUUGCGUCUCGAUCUACGGCUGCUGGCGUUCGGAAGCCUCUGACUGCCAAAAGAACGGCUGUUAAGAAGAACGUCAGUGUCAAUAUCUUUGCAGCAGGCAAAGUUAGAAAGCCCCGAAAGAAUUUUAAGGAGGCUGUUUCAGACACAACCAAAGCUCCAAAGGAAUUUACAAAGUUUCGUUAUAAACGGCUGGCCGAGAAGAAGGGCAGGGAUAAAGAGGAUCGUCCUCCCGAUCUAUCGACAGCAAAGCUUCACCUCUUCAGCAUCACGGAGGGCCCAACAGGAAGAAGGAUCUCGCUAAACGCAACAGCGUCAUCAAGCACGCCUAUUCCGGCCCCAGGUGGUCAAAUGACUGGGACACAGGUCGAAACAGAAGCCGAGACCACAGCUGGACUUGAGCUCAACUCAGACGAACCGGCACCCGUGAAUAGCCAGGAACUGUCUUUUCGACCCAAGGAUCCGCCCAGAAGGAAAUCUGCUUUGGCAAAAUCAAAAUCCGAUGGAGGACAACCCAAGGAGCGCAAAUCUGUCCGCUUCGUGCCUGGCCAUGAUGAGACUACGAUAUUUCAGGCACCGGAACAGAUGGAUGUUGAUGGGUUGUUCGUUGAGCCUGUUCAUACAACGCCAACUACGCCCACAAAUUCGACGGCUCACCAACGCAUACCUAGCCCAGAUCCACCGCCUGCCACUGCUUCUGCCGGCGAGUCCGAUGACGGGGUGCCGAGGGGAAAUCUGAACAAGAGACUGUUGAUCGCCGAGAUCCCCCCUUUUGAGGUAACAUUUCACGAUGUGCCGCGAGAUAACCAUCAGUUGUGGGCUGCACAUUUCGGCAAACAAAAGUCGUUAGAGUUUCGGCUAAGCUGUUUCGCCAAAACAGCAGUGGCACAAAUGAAGCCUCCUUUGUUCCAAAGGGGCCUGGCCAAAGGGCCUAUAACGUCCGAGAACAAAGAAGCUAUAGAGAAGCUUGCACAGCAGCUUAAAGCGCGACUGCUCGGUCUUUUCUAUUCAAGCCGGCAUUACAACCUUCUCAUUUAUCCCACGAAAUGUGAGGAAUGGCAAAUCGAAUCGUUCGGCCAGGAGGUAGCAACUGGCUUAACCGCAGCGCUCUGUUAUGUCAUAUUCUCCUCAGAUAUGGACUGUGGAAGUAUGCUCAGACCGCUUAGUCUUCCGCUGAGGUUGCCAGAGACGAAUGGAAAGGCAGUGCCUACUAUGACGUGGGUGAUGAGCAGAUUGUACAAAUUCGAUUACAAUCAACUAUUACCAAGGAAGCCUCAGAUCCCAAAGGUACACAAGUUCUUUCUCGCUUUCCCUGAGUCAGGAACUGGGAAAGUGACUCGCUCAGUCGUUUUUCAAUGGCUGCGCUCUUGCAACCCCGACUGUCACAUAUACAUAUCCAGCCAACCUGGCUCUUGGGAUGCAUUCAGAGCCAGUGUAGCCGAGUCAUCUGGUGUUGUCAUUAUCCACGAGACGUUGAUGUGGAGUCUUCGCCGGUUCCCAAAGCUUUCCGAGUACCUGAUCAAGAAAUACGACGAGUAUUGGUGCUUUACGGAGCCAAGCGAAGCAUACCCCUUAUAUCCGUCAAUGUCCUUGCCGGAAAGCGUUCCCCCCGGGAUCAGUCAACUCACGCGAAUAUUGCCAUUCCGCACGGCAAUCCUGCUUACCCCGAGCUUUCUCGUGUCCGAGCCUGAACACGCUCGUGAGUUUCUCGAUUGGUUCUUUCGCCAAUGGAAUUACUCCUUUUACUAUCGUCUGGUGACGGCCUCAAACAUCCAUGAGUACCUUCAAGAUCUGGCAUUAGAAUGUAUCGAUUCGCGCGAGAGGUGGUGGACCGCGGGUCCGAGUCUUGGGAUGACUCCCAUAGAUACCCAGUUCGAGAUCAACCUGCGAGGACAUAGUCUUGACGAAUGUGAAUCUAGGCUCCAAGCCGGCAUCGCGGCUUCUGAACUUCACAGAAUACGCGCCAGACAGCUCGACUCCUCCGGUGGAAUGGAGGAGGACCACAGCCCGCUCAUCUAUGCGGAUCCGUCUAUCGACCCAAAUGACGAGCAAAGCCUGGUCAACUGGUUCGGCUGGUGGUCAACCCUGCGGGCUGAUCAGUUCCGCAAGUUCCAUGUCGUUGGAUCGUGUAACAGUAUUGGUUAUCCAAACACCAAGAAGGGGAUUCGGACGGUCCGCAUUCCAAAAUAUCUGAGAACAACAAUCAAUGACCCAGACGCGGUAGCAGAGGUUGUGCAGUCAGAAGCAUCGCAAAAUCUCCAGGUACCAGCACACGAACUGCCUCCUAGCAAUCCACCAAGUGCGGCGGGCAGUUUGGAGUUGACCGGCCCCUUCAAAAGCGAUAUAUUAAUCAAUGACCAUGGGGCAACUCUUCAAGGAUUCCUAUUCAACAACUUUUGUAAGGAAAUUCCGGGGUCCAAACUGCGGUUUUACGGAUAUCCUGUGACGUGGGCUGAUCCGAAGAUGGCGAGUUCCUACGGCGAUUUGAUUCUUAAGCACAAUAAGACAAUCGGCGAGUGGUUCCAUUUUCCGUAUUCAUUCAACAACGCCUGGAACACUUACGUUGGUCUGUUUUACACCAUUUCGGAGGAGUGGGAUCCCCAGAAGCCUCCACAGAACCAGAAUCCCAGGUGGCAUCCUUGGCUUGCGAUUUACAGGCUUGUCAACCCCCAUUCCCAUCCAUUCAAGCGGUGCGAGCUUAUCAUAUGGGAUCCUCUCGCAAGGAAAUGGUUUCCCGGCUCACAGGUACCGUUAGAAAGCGAGCUCACUGAUAUGCAACAGCGUGUCGUUCGACAUGUCCGUGAGCAUUGCGGAAAAAAGAAUCGGGGGACGUACCUUGAUCAGGUUUGGCUCGGCGGGUUCAAUUGUCCGAGUGAAUGUGAAUCUCUUUAUCCCCUCGACAUGACGUUGAAGUUCACCAGAGCAAUGGUGCAAGAUAUUGGAGAACAUCUUCCACCGGAGAAGCAGUUGCCGAACAAGGGUUUCAGGAAAGUUCUGAAGGAGCACCCACCGGCGCCCAAUCCGAUGGAUGGUGUCGGUCUAGACAGCGACGAUGACGUUGUCAUGGACGUCGAUAGCAACGACGGCUGGAACGACGAAGACGAAGAUGUGCGCAUCAUCUUCCAUCCGCCUCGAGGCACCAAGCUCUCCCCUGGUUCCCGCUCAAAAUGCACCAACAGGCUCUACGAGGAGGCGCGUCUCGCCAGGGCCAGGUCCUCUUCGGACCGUAUGGAGUUCAAGUUCGUUCCAACGCUCAAAUGGUACGAGGACCAAGUCGCAGAGGGGCGUGGCUUUGAACACAUCAACAUCCAGUCGUGGCAAGACAUCUUCAACAUCUUCCAAAUAGGAAAGGCGAAGGGUAGCAAGGUGACGACAGCGGCGACAGCGGCAAGGGCUCAGGCGACUCGUGGAGACAGAGAAGGCGAUGUUCAGAUGACCGGCUAAGGAAGCGGCGAGUCAAAGACAUCAACUACAAAUACGUUCAACAAAAAGUCGCCGCUGGUAGUGCACAAAGGUGUGAGGUUUCUCCGCCCUAGGUGCCCGAAUCGGGUUACGCCUUGGCAUCUAUCGAAAGAGAGCAAGAAACAACCAGCUUCCAAGGCCGAAGAGCGACAGAGGGAGGGCGGCUUGGGCUGUAUGGCUGCUAGAGCAGGCGUUCGAAAAGCUAGGGCAGCUGGGACGAGAGUCACGUUACAAUCGUUGACAAUGUCCGAUUUGAACACUUCCUCCGUGUAAGGAACAUUACUACGAUGAGCUUGGUUCUGGGCAAUGGGUGGGG